AUGUCAAGCCCCGCGGACGAGCGCAAAACCUUCAUCCCGCAAGAAAGGAAGGAUAACGAUGUCGACGAUACAUCGCCCUCGGACGACACCUAUGUAACCGAACCCAAUCCCAACGACCACCUAAAAGUCGAUACGUCCUACGUGAUUGAAGAGGAUGAUGAAGAGAUCCGGAUGCGCACCCCCUCCGCCCGCCGUGAGCAGGCCACUCGCCUCGAGGAUGACCUUAUGCUACUUCAGGCGGAGCGCGUGGUGUCGCGGUCCACCCAAGGUGAACUCGGCGAAGGUGAACACCAGUCGAUCAGCCGGGUGCGAUCGCGUCGCGAGCCCGUAGAUGAGUUUGACGAGGCCACCAAUCCGCUGCACGAAAAGGCCGCCGUCUAUAAGCCCCCGGAGAGCCCCAACACCAAGCUCUCGGCCUUCGUCAAAAAGCUGCACCAGUCCAGCUUCAUCGUUCGCUACGUUACCUACACUGUACCCGUCGUUUUGAUCCUCAUGGUUCCCCUGCUGGUCGGAGCGCUGAAGUAUCCCAACGCCAGCGUCGGCGGUGUCCGAUUGAUGUGGUUUUCGAUCUGGUUAGAAAUCGUGUGGUUGACUCUGUGGGCGGGCCGAAUUGUCGGCAAGUGUCUACCUCCCGUUAUCGGUGUCGUGGCUAGUAUUUUCACCAACAACGCGAAGAAAUGGCGCGACAUGGGCAAGCAGCUGGAGCUGCACGCGGCCUUGUUCUUUUGGUGGCUCGGAGUCGAGAUUUCAUUUCUGCCGACGAUGAAGAACCACCACGUGGACGGCAAUACAGCCACGCGCAGCUGGGAAAACACCUUCAACAAGAUCAUCAUCGUCAUUUUCGUCUGGACCAUUCUCAACUUGAUCGAGAAAAUCAUCAUCCAACUCAUCGCCAUCAGUUUCCACCUGCGCACCUAUGCCGACCGAAUCGAGAUUAACAAGUUCCAGAUCGGCAGCUUGGUCAAGCUGUACAUCUGGUCGCGCAGCCGCAUCGAGGAGGAGGACGAUGCCUUUCGGGAGAAGCGGAUGGAGCAAGAUCCCAUCGGCACGAGGACUCCUCUCCGCUAUGCGGGCAAGGCUGCGGGCAAGGCCCACAAAGUGGCCAAAGGUGCAUUGAGCAAGGUCGGCAACAAAGUCGGCGACGUCGCUGGCGCUGUCGCUGCUGACUUUACGGGCAAGACUGCCAAGAGCAGCACCGAUCCUUACCAGGUUAUUCUCACCCUUUUGCGCACUACCUCUGGCUGCCAGGUCCUGGCCCGUCGUCUUUAUCGGACCUUUGUUCGUGAUGGCUUCGACACUGUUUUCUCCGGCGAUCUCAAAGAGGCAUUUGACAAUAAUGAAGAAGCUGAAGCUGCCUUUGCCAUGUUCGAUCGUGAUAUGAACGGUGAUAUCUCCAUGGAGGAACUGGAAGCCGUCUGUGUUGAAAUCGGCCGUGAGCGCAAGUCCAUCACUGCAUCUCUGAAGGAUUUGGACUCCGUCGUGUCCAAACUGGACGAUGUCUUUAUGUUCUUUGUCAUAGUCGUUGUGGUGAUCGUUUUCUUGUCGCUGAUUUCCACCUCCGCUGCCGGUGUACUCACUUCGGCCGGAUCCAGUAUUCUGGCUCUUUCGUGGUUGUUCUCGGCUACGGCUCAGGAAUUCCUGCAAUCCGUUAUCUUCGUCUUCGUCAAGCACCCCUUCGAUGUCGGUGACCGUGUCACCAUCUACGGUAACUCCGGUGAUGCUGGUCUCGGUGACGAUUACUUUGUCAAAGAGAUCACCCUGCUCUACACCGAGUUCAAGAAGAUGCAGGGUCACGUUGUUCAGGCCCCGAACAGCUACCUGAAUACUCUCUUCAUUCUCAACCAGCGCCGAUCCGGUGCGCUAGCCGAGGCGGUUCCGAUUGUGAUCAAGUACGGCACGACCAUCGAACAGAUUGAUUGUCUGCGUCAGCGCCUGUUAGAAUUCUGCCGCAGCGAGAAGCGCGACUUCCAGAGCAACAUCCUGACCGAGCUGCGUGCUGUUACCGAGAACUUCUCGCUCACCUUGAACGUCGUCUUUUUCUACAAGUCCAACUGGCAGAACGAGGGUCUCCGUCUGCAGCGCCGCAACAAAUUCAUCUGCAUGCUCAUGAUCGCCCUCCAGGAGAUCGGCAUCGAGGGUCCUCGCAUGAACUGGCCGGGUGCCAAGCACGGCAUGCCCAUUCACCUUGCAUACGGCAACGGGCCCGUACCCCCUCCCAAGGCAGAGGACGAAGCCCACGACGACGAAGUCGCCAUCGAGGACAGGAAUCUCCCCGAGAACAGCGGCUCCAGCACGAGCGUCUCCGGUCGCCAGCACUCCAUCCUACGCAAGGGCAUGAACACCGCCGCGGCGCGCGCCCGCGGGCAAUCUACAUCCCGGAAGCAUGUCGACUUCUCCCUCGGCAUGUCAAGCAUGUCAAGCGGCGACAUCAUGGGCGACGUCUUCGAAGACCGCUCCGUGCAGGUCGGAGAUAUCGUGCGUACCUCGAAUCGGCAGGCCGCCGAGCGUCGCAUCCAAGAAGAAGCCGAGGAAGAAGAAGAGCGUCGCAGCCGGGCAUCCUCUCGGACCUCCAAGAGCCGCCGGCCCUCCCAUCAGAGCGCUCUUUCCCCCUCCGGCCGCCCCUCAACCGACGCGGCCUCCGCCCGCAGUGGUGCCUCGUCCAUCUCUCGCAACCGCUUCUUCCGUCACCGCAGCAGCAUCUCGCACAACCAUCAGGAUAUGAUGGAGCAGGGCAAUGCGCCUAUGCCGCCUCCGCCGGCUGUUGAGUCGGAGCACGACAAGCAUAUGUAA